CCGGACAGGGUUGCCUACAGUAUGGUCCAUGCUAACUUCGCACGCCUGUAUUUUCUCCUUGCAAUUUAGUGAUAAAAAACAUAGUGAAUAUACCUUUUCACUUUUUGAAGUACACAUAACACUCGGAUUUAAAUCCGAGGUUUUCGCAUUUAUUUUAUUAGAAGAAAGAAAAAAAUGACUCUAUAGUUCUAUAUUUGUCAGGAUGCUUUUUUAGAGUUUGGAAUUUAACUGCAAGAAGAGACAGUUAUUUCGGUGAAUAUUCAAUACAAAACUGGAGAAACACACAUUUUUGUGUACUCGCUGUUUCUUAGAUGAGAAAUACAACAACGAGAUAUAACUGUACGUUGAAUUUUUCUUUCUGAGAUUGGUGAAUAAAUAGUUGAAAAUCUGAUCGCUCACUUGCUUAUGUACAGGAAAAGUGUCAGGUAUUGGUGCAAAAAUCUCGGAUUUUGAUCCAAUGGCAUCCAGGUCUAAAUUUGUAACUUUUUUCAGGUUCGAAUCCUCAAAAAAACGUGCACUUGCAGUUCCCUACUGUAGAGGAAAUAUAUUAUACUAAAAUGAGCUGUUGCUUGAAUAUUCAUAGUUCGUGAGAGUCUAAUCAAUGAUCUUGAGAUGUUCCUUUGUACAAUGUUGUAUCAAAUGUUUCGAUUUUAUAUACAAGUGACAAUUUUAGUCCAAAUAUAAAACAUGAACAAGAUUCAUGCUAAAAUAUAUUGAUGGCUUUUCUUCUUUUAAUAGCUUUUGAGUAUUCAAUUUAUUACAUAAAGUUCAUAAAAAAAGAAUAUAAUAAAGAUUAGUAUGAAAAGAAUUUGAUCUCAUACGCACAUAGGAUCCGCUCUGCAAUCAUGUAAACAAUUACAAAGAGACAACAACGGCUGAUGAUAAAAUAUUCAAGUCACCAGUAGAAAGAAAUUUUGUAAUCUGAUCUUGUACUGUACAAAAUUAGAUUAGACUGUCGAUAUUCAUAAAAAUAAUGCAAACAUUGCAUUUGAAAGAUAGAUAGUUUUACUUGCAGGAAAUUUCUAUUUUACAAUUGUAACUUUGAGCAGGAUAUUUAUAUCAAAAUAUGAUCAAUUUCCAGAGCUUCGAGCUGUAGAAUCUGAAAGACUAAGAUAAAUAUUAUUUUUCUAAAAAUUACUUUUUUGCAAAAUCACUUUACUUUUCUGGAAAACUCUUUUAAUUCGAAAUUAUAAGAGUAGAUUGCCACAGUAGAGAAUUCAAGUUAUGGAUGGAAGUAUAACAGAUCAAUAGUCUGUGUGCUGCCACAGAUUAUAACAGCAUCAUAAGAGGUAUGCACAAAUUAAUUAGGAGUUGAUUUGAAACCCAACGUAUAUAUAAGCGUCUCUUCUUCAUGGUUUAAACAAUUAAAAAAAAAUGGUAUUUAUUGUCAAAAAAAUAUACAUUUCACUCGAAGAGCACAUGUUUCGGACGAGUAAUUCCAAUGACGCAUUGAAAAUUUCGAUUUUGCCGAUGUCUAGAGCCAGUUGUUCGUGUUACAGGGGAGGGAAGAAAUCCUGAAAAUAUCAUAAGCGGGAGGGUACGGAUCAAAGAUAGCUAAAAAUCUGAUCGUGCGUAUUUUUAAUAGACCGUAUAAAACAAAACAAAAACAAUGUACAGAACGUCUAGUUUAUACCAUAGAUGACAACAUCAUAGAUCUAAUUGAAUCAUAUUUUUUCGAGUAUUUUAUUUUGUUAUGAAAAUCUGAUUAAAAAGAAAAAAAUUCUUUUGUUUUUCUAUUUUAGUUUCGAAAUAGAUAUGAAAAAUGUCAAUAUGAUCUUGAACAAGCUAUUAAAGACCGUGAAGUAGUGUCAAAUAAAUUCAAACUACUGCUUGAUGAAAUGCAUGAUCGAGAAGAACAAAUAUCGGAUUUACGUAAAAAAGCUGAUGAUGAAUGUAUGAAAAAAGAAGUUGCAAUGAAAAAACUUCAAGAAAUAGAAUCAAAUGCAAUACAAAAUAAUCUAUUUUUAUCUCGGCGAACUAGUAGUAGGCGUCAACAUGAUUAUGAUCGAAGUGAACGUAAUGUUGCACGACGUUUUGAACAAGCUUUAGAAGUCGAAUAUGUGAAAUAUAAAAAAUUACAAAAUGAAAAAGAUGAAGAAUUAGCAACAUUAUCUGAAGAUAUAAAUAAAUUAAAACGUGAAUUAAAAACACAAAAAGAUGAAAUUGAAAAAUAUAAACGAAUACUUGAAACUCAUGGAUCAAUUGAUAAUAUUUCAUUAACAAACGAUAAUCUAGAUGAUGAUCGAGAAGACUUGGAAAGUUGGGUACAAAUUCCAACGAGAAAUAUUCGUCGGGGUGGUGGUUGGAAAACACAAUAUGCUGUUAUUACAAACAAUAAAUUCUUAUUAUAUAAUUCAGACAAAGACCAACUAGCAGCGAUUUCUAUUGAUGUUGAUCAACUUUGUCAUGCUCGAGCUGUUACUCAAAGCGAUGUUCUCCGUGUUGACCCAAAUAUGAUACCAAAAAUAUUUCAAGUGCUAUAUGAUAAUGACGAUCAAACAUCAUUCAAUAGUUCAACAACAACAAUGUCAAAUCCAACGAUUCACUCACAAGAUCAGGGUCGUCAUAGUGAUGAAACAAUUGAAUACAAAGAUCAUAGUUUUAUUGUUGUUGCUUAUUGUAUGCCAACGCAAUGUGAAACAUGUAAUUGUCCAUGUUAUGAUGCUUUUUCUCCUCCUCCAUGUCUUGAAUGCAUACGAUGCCAUGCUCGUUGUCAUAAACAACAUUAUGAUGAUAAAGAAGAAUUUAUGUUACCAUGUCGAGUUAAGGAUAAAUUAUCAGUUAAAACAUUAUUAGUGAUGUGUGCAAGUGAAGAUGAACAAAAACAAUGGAUUGGGAAAUUAAAUAAAAAAAUAUCUAAACAUGGAAAUGUUUCAACAUGA